AUGACAUGGGUUUUCUGGAUCGACGCAAGAAGCAGAGCCCGCUUUGAACAGUGCUUUCAGGAUAUAGCCGAUCGAUACGAUGUUCAUCCUGAAUCUCGCUUUAUUGACACAGUCAACAUCGUAAAGCUGGUGCUACGAUGGCUAGAAUAUCACGUGCAGGGGAAUUGGGUUCUCAUUUUCGAUGGGGUUGAAAAUGUUGAGAAUGCCCAAUUUUUGGCGCAGCAAAUGCCCGUCAGAACUUGGCGAGAUCGUGGAUCGGUGAUUUUGACGACUCGUAGCGAAGACGUUGCCUUGAAGUUUGUGGCGAAGAAGGAUGUGAUAGUGUUGUAUCCGAUGGACGAGACUAACGCGCUGUCGCUUCUCGGGAGAAAAUUGGACAUGCCAUUUGAUAGUAUCGAGGACGCAAAGAAACUGAUGACAGCACUUGAGUAUAUACCACUUGCUAUCGUGCAAGCGGCAGCAUAUAUCAAUCGAGCAAGACCCCACUGCUCGUUACGCCAAUAUCUGGACAAGUUGGAAGAAUCCAGCUCAAAGAAAAUGGUUCUAGAUCGGGAUAGAGAACGAAUCGGCCGGUGCCCGGCUAUCAAAAUCCCAAUCCUGUCAACAUGGAACAUAUCAUUUGAUUAUCUAUGGCAGAGUCGACCAUCAGCUUCCGAUUUGUUAUCUCUGAUGAGCUGCGCUGAUCAUCAAAUCAUCCCUGAUUUUCUUAUACGAUUCUCCACAGAGACUAUAGUAGGAGCAGAUGACACCGACGAUACUACAUCGCAGAAGGACGAAAGACAUAACAUGGGACUGACAAGAUUCAGCACACAGUCUACUUUCGGAAAGGAUGUCCGUCUUCUGAGCGACUAUGCGCUUAUCACAUCCAGCGCCGAAACAUUCGAUAUGGCAGAACCGGACGACGAGAAUAUCACCUGGGAUUUGCCUCGAAUCCUGCUGCCACAUGUGCCGGCCAUUCUUGCGUACAGGCCAGCAGACAAACUGUUCCUAACUCGGUGGAGCAAUCUGGCUGCUAGAGCAGGGCGCUACGCUUUGAUCACGGCGAAUCAGUUUGAUGCAAAGAGAUUGUUGGAGGCGGCGAUGGAGGCUCAAAAGAGCAUCCUAGGGCUAGCGCAUGACGCAUCAUUCGAUACCGCGGGCAAUCUGUCAACUCUCUACGUGAAAUUGAAGGAAGAGACAAAAUUGAGAGAUUUGUGGAAGCAAUCUCUAGACAAUAGCUUGGAGGUGCUGGGAGCUGAGCAUCCUCGUACACGGGUUCUCAUGGACUUUUUGAUGAAGGUUUAUUAUGCUCAGCAUCUCUGGGAUGAUGCAGAAGCACUACAAAAGCAGUUGAUAGAGCUCAAUGGAGCCCGACUUGGUGCGCACCAUUCAGAAACACUGGAGGCACGAGACUGGCUGGCAAGUAUCUGGGAAAGGCAGAAUCGAUUGUUAGAGGCGGAGGCGCUGUGGAAGGAACUGAUAGAGACACUCAAAAAUGCAUUGGGCCGGGAACAUGCAGAUGUACUGGAGAAGUCGCGGAGCCUGGCCUUGUUCUACUAUAGGCAUGGCCGAUGGACAGAUGCAGAAGCACUGCAAGUGACUGUGAUGAACAUUUGCAGGAGAGUUCUCGGUACAGGCCACCUGCUUACCCUGAAAACGAUGUAUGAUCUUGCUCUCACUUAUAAACGUCGAGGCCGAGGAAUGAACGCUAUUGCUCUUCUGUUUCUGGUUAUCUGGCUACGGAAAGAUACCUUGGGAUUUUCCCAUCCAGACACAAAAGCUGCCUUCAAGUUGAUGAAAGAGUGGAAUCCACAGUUCACUUGGGAUAUGGUACCCUUGAGGGUUGCAACUCUAACGGAUACAAGGAUAAACCACCGAGUUUGA